AUGUCCGGAAUCGGAACCGUUCUGUCCCCGAAGAACAUUGCGAGAGCGAGCGAGCCGCUGCUGAAACAAAUAAAAAAUUCCGCGGAGUCGCACAUCGUGCUGGACUGUUCCACCGAGAGGAUCUACGACGUGCUGAAGCAAGCGCAACAGAUUGGAAUGAUGAGCGACUAUCACAGCUACCUUAUCACCUCACUGGACUUGCAUACCGUCGACUUAGAAGAAUUCAAGCACGGCGGGACCAAUAUCACUGCCUUUCGAUUAGUGGACCCGGAGAAGCCGGAGAUCCAGAAGGUAAUUCAGGAUUGGAUCUACGGUGAGAAGCGCUACAAUCGCGAGCUCGACAUGGGACAGAACAGUAACAAGAAUAAUCUAACUACUAUAAAGACUGAAACGUCGUUGCUGUACGACGCUGUCCAUCUUUUCGCCAAGGCGUUACACGAUCUCGACACGUCCCAACAAAUCGAUAUCAAGCCGUUAUCCUGCGAAUCAACGGAUACCUGGCCUCACGGAUACUCGCUCAUCAACUACAUGAAGAUCGUGGAGAUGACGGGACUCACGGGUAUUAUCAAGUUCGAUCAUCAGGGAUUUCGUUCCGACUUCGUUCUAGACAUCAUCGAGCUGAAUAACAAAGAAGGCUUGAAGAAAAUCGGUACUUGGAACAGUACCAAAGGUAUCAACUUUACGAGGAGCUACGGCGACGUUUACAGUCAAAUCGUUGAAAACUUGCAGAAUAAGACUUUCAUCGUGACGACUCUACUGAGCGCGCCGUACUGUAUGCGGAAGGACUCGAGUGAGAAGCUCACCGGAAACGCGCAAUUCGAGGGCUACAGCAUCGACUUGAUUUACGAGAUAUCGCGGCUGCUUGGAUUCAAUUAUACGUUCCGGCUUGUGCCGGACGGACGUUACGGCUCGUACAACGCGCAGACGAAGGAAUGGGACGGGAUGAUAAAGGAGCUGCUCGAGCAAAAGGCCGAUCUCGCGAUCGGUGAUCUCACCAUCACGUACGAUCGAGAACAGGUUGUGGACUUCACGACGCCGUUCAUGCCUUUAGGGAUCAGCAUACUUUACCGCAAACCCAUAAAGCAACCGCCGAAUUUGUUCUCGUUCCUCAGCCCUCUUAGCCUCGACGUUUGGAUCUACAUGGCGACGGCUUAUCUCGGGGUCUCCGUGCUUCUCUUUAUACUAGCCAGGUUCAGCCCCUACGAGUGGGAGAACCCCCAUCCGUGCAACGGGCAGUCCGAAGUCCUCGAGAACGAGUUCACCCUACUGAACUCGCUCUGGUUCACCAUAGGCUCGCUCAUGCAGCAAGGCUCCGAUAUAGCGCCGAAGGCCGUGUCGACUCGCAUGGUCGCCGGUAUGUGGUGGUUCUUCACGCUGAUCAUGAUCUCCUCUUAUACGGCUAAUCUCGCGGCUUUCCUCACCGUCGAGAGGAUGGAUUCCCCGAUCGAGAGCGCCGAGGAUCUCGCUAAGCAGACGAAAAUCAAAUACGGCGCCCUCAAAGGCGGCAGCACGGCGGCCUUCUUCAAGGAUUCCAAUUUCUCGACGUACCAACGCAUGUGGUCCUUCAUGGACUCGGCGAAGCCGUCGGUAUUUACGGGGAGCAACGGCGAGGGCGUGGAUCGAGUGAUCACAGGGAAAGGUAGUUACGCAUUCCUGAUGGAAUCCACCUCCAUCGAAUACGUAAUCGAGAGGAAGUGCGACCUCACUCAAGUCGGCGGUCUCUUGGACUCCAAGGGCUACGGCAUAGCCAUGCCGCCAAACUCGCCAUACAGAACGGCCAUAAGCGAGGCCAUCCUGAAGCUCCAGGAGGAGGGGAAGCUUCAUAUGCUGAAAACGCGCUGGUGGAAGGAGAAGCGAGGCGGCGGAUCCUGCAGGGACGACACCUCGAAGAGCAGCUCGGCGGCGAACGAGCUCGGCCUGGCAAACGUCGGCGGUGUCUUCGUGGUGCUGAUGGGCGGCAUGGGCGUCGCCUGCGUGAUCGCGGUCUGCGAGUUCGUGUGGAAGAGCCGGAAAGUAGCCAUCGAGGAACGGAAGUCCUCGGUGUGCUCGGAAAUGGCGAGUGAAUUGCGAUACGCUUUGGACUGCGGCAACGGAAAUAAAAAGCCGUCGAAGGCGCUUUGUCGACGUCAGGGGCAACAUUCAAGUCUGUCGAUCGUUUCGGAGGAGGGCAAGUACGGGGCAUGCAACAAGUACAGGCACUUCGUUGGAAAAGCACCUCUGACAUGAACAAAGGGACGCCUGACCGAGCGGAAGGGCCGAGUGAUGAAUUUCUUUGCCAAGUUAAUUGCUUCCCCGCUCACGUGCGAAUUAAAAUAUACAUGAUUGAUCAAUUCGAAACGCGGGAGCAACGGUCCGGAAAAAGAAAUCGCCGCAAAAAUAACAAAAAUUAUUUCUGAACUGCGAAACCACUUUCAAAUGUAACAAAAAAUAUGUGAAUUAUCCUCGGGCAAAAUUGUAGCGAGAUUGAAUUUUGUUUAAAAGUCAAACACAAAUUUUGUUACUACGUCUUCUGAUGGGAAAGAAAAAAAGAGAAGGCGCCGUCAAAAGCUCUCAGCAUCGGAAGGAUCCUGUUGUAGAUCCCGUUGCAAUCGGAAAUUCGACCGCGAUUGUGACGAUGUGCAAAGAAAAAAGGAAACAGGGACUUAAUUCUAAUCGUAUACACGUCUGUCCUUUUUUUACGAACCACGUACCGUUGAAUAAGAUAGUCCACCACCUAGUCCCUCGUAAGGUCUGUUGAGUGUUAUGCGAGGAGGAUGCGUGCGAGAAAAUAACGAGCGAAUGAAGAAUAAGAGUCGUGCGUGGAAUUGGGUGAUCUUUUAUCGACGUUAAAGAUGCACUGUUCACGUUAUAUCACGUAAAGUAUUCUAUUGAAGUCAAUCCGAAUAUGUCGUCAUCCACGUACGUAAAUUUGUUCGGAUAUACGAUAAAUUACACGCGCGUACAACAGCGAUUUCAGAGGUCUCCACGUAAUGUAUAAAUAACGCGAAAGGUUUUUUCACAUAUAAUUCCACCUUUAAUCUGCGAGACCUGAAUAUCGCGAAUGGUCAUUUGCACUACUUUAUAGCGCAAUCCAACGUUUCGUGUGUGUGAUUCGCGAUAAGUAGUUAAAAUUUUUGAACAUACUUUUAUCCGAAAUUCAUUCCUACCCUUAGCUGGUCUGACGGGGUCCAUAAGGUCAUCGAAGUAUUAUUUGAGUAAAUUAGAAUUAAUUGUCUAAGCUAUUCUAAUUAUCCCGACUAUGUAGAUAAUAUAUUUCAAGCCGCGUUCGCGUGAUGCAUUGUCAAUAAUCAAAUUCAAUGCAAAAGACUGCUCUAUACUCUCCUACCAGGAUUAUUUUCGUAGAAUACACGUCUCGUGUUGAUUUGUUUGUCCAAUUACGUUUUCGUUCGAUCGCGUUUAUGCGGACCUUGUGAACCAAGCAGUAUUCAUUUGAGUCUUCCUUCUAUCGUAAAAAAAGAGGGAAAAAUGUAAGGAAAAAACAAGCAUCGCGAUUCCAGUUUAGUAUAUUUAAACUCUCGAAAAAGAGUGCCGUAUAAAUCAGAGUAUGAAUGUUCGACGCCGUGUUGAAAGAGUGUGUGACAUUUCAAUAGCUUGUACGCGGAUACUAUUUUAAGAUCAUGCGUAACAGCAAAGAGAAACAUUAAAGAACGUUUUGUUUUUUUUCUUUUACACAAUAAAAAACAUUUUGUAUUUAUGUUAGAAACGGUCCACUUACUUUUUGU